AUGCCAUCCUCAUCUAAUGUAGAUAAUCGUACUUUUAAACAACGCAAAAGUUUUGCAACACGCAAAGAAGAAGUUUCUGGUAUUCGAAAUAAAUUUCCAAAUAAAAUUCCAGUCAUUGUUGAACGAUAUCACAAAGAAAAAAAUUUGCCUAUCCUCGAUAAAACGAAAUUUUUAGUGCCACAAGAAUUGACAAUGUCUCAAUUUGUGACAAUAAUUCGAAAUCGAAUGCAACUAAACGCCAAUCAAGCAUUUUAUUUGUUGGUAAAUAAUAAAAGUAUUGCUUCAAUGUCAACGUCCAUGGCAGAAAUUUAUCGUGAUGACAAAGAUGAUGACGGAUUUCUUUAUAUGACUUAUGCGAGUCAAGAAAUGUUUGGUGGAAUUUAUUAA